AUGAACGACGAAACGAAGUUUACGAACAAAGCUCUCGAUAUCAUCACCAUUGCACAGAAACUAGCACAGGACCACCAGCAUUCGACGCUGGUGCCUCUACACGUGCUUGCAGCGUUCGUAGAGACACCUGCUGAUGGUAGCAUGGGGUACCUGCAAAACCUAAUAGAGAAGGCCCGGUACGACUAUGAACUCUUCCGGCGUACGAUAAACCGUCAGCUGGUGCGGCUGCCAUCACAAACGCCGGCACCCAGUACGAUUGCGCCAAGCCAGUCGUUUGUACAGCUGUUGGAAAAAGCAGCCAAGCUCUCGGAGCAGCAGAAAGACUCUUUCAUUGCUCAAGACCACUUACUCUUCGCGCUGCUAGAAGAUGCCACGGUAGCGCAGAUAUUCAAGGAAUGCUCUGUGGAACCGGAGGCAGUGAAGCAGCAGGCGCUGGUGCUACGGGGAAACCAGAAGAUUGAUUCUCGUGGCGCAGAUACGAGCACACCACUGGAGUACCUCUCGAAGUAUGCGAUUGAUAUGACGGAGUUGGCUCGCGAGGGCAAGCUAGACCCGGUCAUUGGGCGUGAAGAGGAGAUCAGAUCGACAAUUCGUGUUCUCGCUAGAAGAAUAAAGUCUAACCCUUGCUUGAUUGGUGAGCCUGGUAUCGGUAAAACAGCCAUUAUUGAGGGCGUUGCUCAGCGUAUUAUCGACAAUGACGUACCCAAGAUCUUGCAGGGCUCCAAGCUGUUCUCUCUAGACCUCGCGGCGUUGACUGCUGGUGCGAAGUACAAGGGCGACUUCGAGGAGCGUUUGAAGGGCGUCCUAAAAGAGAUCGAAGAGUCAAAGACCCUAAUCGUGCUCUUCAUCGAUGAGAUACACAUGCUAAUGGGGAAUGGCAAGGAUGACGCCGCCAACAUCAUGAAGCCAGCGCUAUCUCGUGGGCAGCUAAAGGUCAUCGGUGCUACCACGAACAACGAAUACAGAGCUAUUGUUGAGAAAGAUGGUGCAUUUGAAAGAAGGUUCCAGAAGAUAGAUGUCGCUGAACCGACGGUGAGGCAGACCAUUGCCAUCUUGAGAGGCUUGCAGGGCAAGUACGAGAUCCACCAUGGUGUGCGCAUCUUGGACAGCGCAUUGGUCUCUGCAGCACAGCUAGCAAAGCGGUACUUGCCUUAUAGAAGAUUGCCGGACUCUGCAAUUGACCUCGUGGAUAUUGCCUGCGCCGGUGUGGCAGUAGCACGCGACUCGAAGCCCGAAGAGCUUGACUCCAAAGAGCGCGAAUUGCAGUUGAUACAGGUGGAGAUCAAUGCCUUGGACAGAGAUAAGGACUCCGACCCUACCACAAAGGAGAGGUUGAUGCAGGCCAAACAGAAGGAAGCUUCCCUCAUGGAGGAACUGGAGCCGCUGCGGCAGCGCUACGAGGAAGAGAGACGCAGCCACGAGGAGCUCACCAAGGCGAAGGCCAAGCUCGAAGAGCUUGAGAACAAGGCCCUUGACGCAGAGCGUCGCCACGACUACGGCACCGCCGCAGAUAUCCGCUACUUUGCCAUCCCCGACCUGCGCAAACGGAUUGGAGAGCUGGAGGUGGAGGUAGCCGAGGAAGAGCAGCGCCUCGGCCAGAACACCAUGAUCCAGAACGUCGUCGGCAGCGACGCCAUCGCCGAAACCGCCGCACGGCUCACCGGCAUCCCGGUCAACAAGCUCACCGAGUCCGAAAACGAAAAGCUCAUCAAGAUGGAGCGCGUGCUCGCCGAGCAGGUGGUCGGCCAGGUCGAGGCCCUGAAGGCCGUGUCCAGGGCCGUCAGGCUCUCCCGCUCGGGGCUGUCCAACCCGAAGCAGCCGGCCUCCUUCCUGUUCCUGGGCCUCUCCGGCUCCGGCAAGACAGAGCUGGCUAAGAAGCUUGCCGCGUUCCUGUUCAACGACGAGGACGCCAUGAUCCGCAUCGACUGCUCGGAGCUCAGCGAGCGCUACUCCGUCUCCAAGCUGCUCGGCACCACUGCCGGCUACGUCGGCUAUGACGAGGGCGGCCUGCUCACCAACCAGCUGCAGCGCAGGCCCUACUCCGUGCUGCUCUUCGACGAGGUCGAGAAGGCCCACCCCGACGUGCUCACCAUCCUGCUCCAGAUGCUCGACGACGGCCGCAUCACCAGCGGCCAGGGCAAGACCAUCGACUGCUCCAACUGCCUCGUCAUCAUGACGUCCAACCUCGGCGCCUCCUACAUCGCCUCCCAGCCCGGCGCCCGCAUCGAGCCCGCCACCAGGGACGUCGUCAUGGCCGCCGUGCGUGCGCACUUCCGUCCCGAGUUCCUCAACCGCAUCUCCAGCAUCGUCGUCUUCAACAAGCUCUCGCGCAAGGCCAUCCACAAGAUCGUCGCCAUCCGCCUCGCCGAGAUCGAGGCCCGCUUCCGCGACAACGACAAGCACUACAAGCUCGACAUCGCGCCCGACGCGGUCGACUUCCUCGCCCGCCACGGCUACAGCGAGGACAUGGGUGCGCGCCCGCUCAACAGGCUCAUACAAACCGAGAUCCUGGACAAGCUGGCCCUCCGCAUCCUUAAGGGGGAGAUAAAAGACAAGGAGACCGUCAAGGUCACCUACGCCGCGGACAGGGACGCCCUCGCGGUGCUCGCAAACCACCCGCCCUCCGCAGGCUCGCACGCCGAGGACAUGGACAUUGACGACUGGGACGAUCUAGAUAACGACGACCUCGUAGACGGGCCCGCCGCGCUCGACUGA